CUGCGCAAGUGCAGAAACGCAGCGGGCCUGGGCAGUGUUGACGAUGCGGAGCUACCCUAUCUGUCAGAGAUGGCAGAGGUGGAGGAGACACUGAAGCGACUUCAGAGCCAGAAGGGAGUGCAGGGAAUCAUCGUGGUGAACACAGAAGGCAUUCCUAUUAAGAGUACCAUGGACAAUCCCACCACCACACAGUACGCCAACCUCAUGCACAACUUCAUCUUGAAGGCCCGGAGCACCGUGCGUGAAAUUGACCCCCAGAAUGACCUCACUUCCCUUCGAAUUCGCUCUAAGAAAAAUGAAAUUAUGGUUGCACCAGAUAAAAACUCCUUCCUGAUUGUGAUUCAGAAUCCAACUGAAUAAGCCACUCUCUUGGCUCCACACAUCAUUCCUUAAUUUAAUGCCCCCCAAGAAUAAUAGUGUUAAUCAUGUCAACCAACUGGCAGGUGGAAAUCACCUUAGAGCCCAUGCAGACCAAUCCAGUGACCAGUGUGGGCUGCAGCUCCACCCCACCCACCAAAGGCAUCCCUCUGCUGGCCAGUUACCCUGAGUUCCCAGGAGGGCCUCUUUCCUCGAGUCCAGGUUUCAGAGCAAGAGCUUAUGAGAGGCCCACACCCUGCUUCCUUCUGACAUUGAGUUCACUUUGUUUCCCUUGGAAAAGGCUGCUUUUCUUUAACUAAAAAUAACUGAAACUUGAA